AUGGCCGCCGAGCACACGGCGAUCCCAGCUCACCCGAGCAUCUUGCUGCUAAACUCGCGUCCCUGGCUCUACGAUCUGCAGGUCAGUAGGCUCAAGGACGUGACAUACGAGCAGCUCUCGACGGCCUUGCUCGGUGGAUCCGUGGAUGUGUGUUGGCUUCAAGGCUGCUGGGAGCUAGGCCCCUAUGGACGCCAGCACGAUCUUUCCGACCCCGGACGUCGGCAGCACUUCCAAGACUGCCUCCCAGACUUUUCUGAGGCUGACUGUAUCGGUUCUCCGUAUGCCAUCAGCCGCUACACCUGCAACCCUGACCUGGGCACAGAGGAGGAUUUGGCAGAGUUCCGGGCCCGUUUGGCCUCGCAGGGGGUGGCACUCAUGGUGGACUUUGUGCCAAAUCACAUGGCAAGAGACAGCCCUUGGAUCGACAUCCCGGACCUGUUCAUUCGAGGCCGUGACGGGAAAGUCGCCUUCGGCAAAGAUCCGUACUCUGGCGACUGGACCGACACGGCUCAGUUGAACUACUGGUCGACAGCCUGCAGGGAGCACAUGUUACAGCAGCUGAUGGACGUGGCGGAAAGAUGCGACGGCAUGCGCGUGGACAUGGCCAUGCUGUGCGUGAACGACGUCAUCGAAAGGACCUGGGGUCACCACCUCCGUGAGCAGGGCUUCCACCGGCCGGGGGAGGAGUUCUGGGUUUGGGCGCUCCCGCGGCUCCGCGCGCGCCAUCCGAACUUCCUGCUGGUCGCAGAAUGCUAUGAGUACGAUGAGAUCCUGCCCAGCGGCACCAUGCGUGAGCUGUUGCGGCAGGGCUUCAGCGCUGCAUACGACAAAGUCCUGUAUGACAGGCUGACUGAGGGGCACAUGGACAAGCUCCGGGGUCACAUCCUUCACAGCCCGGACAUGGGCACAGGACAGACCGUUGCGAAUCCAACGCACAUUGGCAGCUUCGGCAAGAACAGAAGUGUAAGCGUCAGUAUAAUCACAUCCAUCAGCACAUUUAUCGUCGUCAUCAUAACCGCCAUCCAGGGAAUCAUGAUGACCAUCCGCCUUACUUUCUACAUUCGUCACGUGCAGAAAGUUGAAAGUCAGUUCCUGUCACACAUAAGUCCGCGGAUGAACAUGCGUCCCGGGUGGAAUCUUGACAUAGUUCUGUUGCAGAUGCCCCGAGAAGGUUCAGGGGAUUGGGAGGCUGGGAUUAAUCAUCCAGAUCCGCUCGGCAUCCGGAGGUUCCUUGCAUGGGGCUGGAAGCCGGAUGGUGAGGCCGCCAAGUCCGAGGUAGUCGCUUGCAUCGUCGUCGUGAACUUCACCGAUUCGACGGGCUGGGCCACAUUGUUGGGAGCUCUGCUCCCGGGAUCUCCGCGCAGCGACUCGCUGGCCUUGAAAGAUGCCAUCGGCGGAGAGACCUUCGUUCGCAGCUGCAGCGCGCUGAACAACGAGGGCCUCGUCGUAGGUCGUAGCGAGCAUGCCCUGAUUGAGAGCCAAGAGCUGUUUGUGGUGCCUUUCGCCCGAGAGCUGCUUAGCACGGAGGACGAUGCAACACAAGAGCCUUUCGCGGCAAUAGAGGACGUCGCCCCAACUUCACCCGUGACCGCUGCCGUCGACAGGCAUCGAGGCUCUGAGCCUCAAGUGGCGGUGGUGCGUCGGGUGGCCUUGGGCCGCCCAGCCUCGGCGGGUGAUCUCCGGGCGGUGAACCAAAACACCGCGGGCACCAAUCGACCGCGGCUAAGAAGGGCGCAGACGACAGACGUGGACACAAACGAGAAGGUGGACGUGCAGCUGCGGCGAUUGUCGCGAGAGGAGUUCGAUCAACGCAGGGCCAACGCAGUCAACUACUUCAAGGAGUCCACGGCCAUCAAUCAGCUCAGUCGCUUCUCCGAGGCUUCCGCGGUCCUCGAAGCUGCCCGCAGACGUCGCACCAAUGACCGAGCAGUAAAGCCAGUGGCGGUUCCAGAAGUUUUGGAGGAGCCUGUGCCGGCAGAAGCAGCGACUGUUGCGCCUCCGCCCCGCCGCCGGAGCUUUGCAGAGCAAUUUGGAUAUGGCGUGAUUCUGAAGACCACGCCGACCGAAAGACAAGCACAAGUCUUGCCCGAGCCACCCAAGCCCAAGAUGAACGGUGCCUUCAUUAGCCUGAUGGCAGGGGACACCGAUUUGCUUCGGCGCCUUGAGCGACGACGCCGUGCGGCGUCACUGGGUGCCUGA